AUGAAUUCUACUCCACAGCGCUCUCUGAGUCGUAGAGUUCUUAACAACAAGUCUUCUAUCGUUUCAAUAAAUACCAAUAGUGGUGGAUUCUAUCCAUAUUCCAAAGAAACUCAAAACAGAAAUGAUCUCAAUGGUCAACAUUACUAUAUGCCUCAAUACGCUGAUUUAGAAAAAACAUCAUAUUCUACCAGUCCUAAUCGUAUCGCAAUAUUAAAUUCCAAUGUUGUUAUGUCGAGCCCAUCGGUCAUUCCAGCAAUGCAACCAAGACUUAUCAAUACAUCGACAAGACACCAGCAUCAUCAUCAUCAACAACAACAACAACAGCAGCAGCAGCAGCAACACCAUUAUCAGUAUCCACUACAAACUGGAAGUUACUACAAUACUAGUCAAAUGAAUAACAAUUAUUACUAUUCUAAUAUGAGAAACAAUAACAGCAUCAAUAGCAAUAGAAUGAAACAAAGAAACAAAAUGAUGAAUGUUACAAGCCCUCGUUACAAUCAAGAAAACACAGCUAACAAUAAUAAAAACCAAAAGCCAAAGAAAGUACAAUAUAAAGAGAUCAAGGAUGUAUCCGAACUUUUUAAAGACGCUACUAAUCAAGACGUUAAUUCUUAUCUUUUGAGCCAAUACUUCAACAAGAAUACAAAGCCAGUUGAUUUUGGCGAGUUCAAUCACUCAAAUGAAAUGAAAUCAAAGGCAAUUAUCAUAAAUACUGCGUCAAGAUCGUGGUACAAAAACUCCAAUAAGAUUCAAACGUAUAAACUGUCAACUCCAAUAUUAUCUUCUAUAAAGUAUGGAUCUACCUUGUCUAAAAAGAUAGAUUCCCAUUACAAUGACCAAAAUAUAAGUGCACAGCCACUUUUCAUUGCUGGCAAUAAAAAUUUCAAAAUUGAUGAAUUGAACGAGGCAUCAGUUGAAUUAAUAGACAAAUAUCUAUCGCAACUUGAUAAAUCUAGCACAGGAAGGACAUUAAUAAAAAAUAGUUCAUUAAAUUCAUCAAAGAUGCAACGUCAGCGACGCCCAUUGAUCAAUGUGUCAAAUUAUAACGACAGUUUUGAUCUAAGUUUUGAUGGUAAAGCUUUAGACCGUAAUGAUAUUUUCCGUAUGGUUGAUUCCUUUAGUAUUGCCGUAUCAGAUAACGAAAGUAGCGAUAUUAUUGCGAAUAGUAGUGAUAUCAGUUAUACCCAAACUGGAAACAAUAUCCAUUAUAACAACGAGAAGGAUAAUUAUACUACAACAAAUUCAAAUAACAUUUUACCUGCAGAAAUAACCAGUAGUAAUGUAGCAUAUUAA